AUGUUCGAUAGUCUUAAUUUUUCGGCCGAAGGCUCACCAACACCAGCAGAAUCUGCGUAUCAAUUCCUCGACCGCAUAAAACACCUGAAGUUAGAGCCAGACGAGUCGGUGGUUUCCUUUGAUGUCGUUUUGCGCUUUACCUCUAUUCCACAGCAACUAGCGAUAGACGUUGUUAACCAACUACUGACAGAGCGUUAUGAGGAGAGAGACAAACCCCUGAAGUCUGAACAUCUGCUCGAGCUUCUGCGAUACUGUUUCAAGACCUAUUUUACCUUCGGCGGACAAAUGUACGAACAAAUAAAAGGCACUCCUGUGGGCUCCCCUUCAUCAAGCCUAAUCGCUGAGGUAGUCCUUCAACGGAUAGAACACUUGGUGUUCGCCCAGUAUCAACCAAAGUUCUGGGCCCGCUAUGUCGAGGACUCUUUCGUUGUUGUCAAAACAACUGACAUUGAACACCUAAAGGAACUAAUGAAUUCGGUUGACCCCGAUAUCAAAUUUACGAUGGAAGCGGAAACAAACAACCAACUGCUCUUCCUUGACGUACUUGUGCGCCGGUGUACCACUGGACAGCUGCAACCUACAGUAUUCCGAAAAUCCACCGACACGAGACAGAUCCUACACUUUAACAGCAACCAUCCUCUGUCUCACAAACGAAGUUGUGUCCGCACUCUAUUCCAAAGAGUCGGAACACACUGCAGCACGCCGGAAGAUAAAAAGGCCGAACGAUUUUACCUUGUGAACCUCUUUGCAGCCAAUGGUUAUUCCAGACAUUUCAUCGAUGGAAGCGGUCGUGGGGCGCCCAGAUGA